AGUCAACUGUUGUGUAUUUGGUGUGUACCGUUUUGCGUUUGCGGUUAUCCAUUUCUUAGCAUAGUUUUAGAAAGUGGGCGUACAAUUAUGCUUGUUAACCGUUGUUAAUUGUUAUGUUAAUCAAUGACGAAAGCUUGUGAUCCAGCUUUCACUCACAGAAGACUAAGAUGAUUGACAAGUCCUUCACAUGAAUAUCGCAAAUGGGCGGUUAAUCUGGUGAUUCCAAGAAGCCCUCCAAAACUGAAGAUGUCGCUGGCGGCACCGGCCGGCCGAGGGCGCGUGCCGAUGCUGGAGGUCAACCCGCACGUGAUGUGCGUCCUCUGCGGCGGCUACUUCAUAGAUGCAACCACCAUCAUCGAGUGUCUCCACUCGUUCUGCCGCAAGUGCAUCGUCACCUACCUGGAGUCGUCGCGCUACUGUCCCAUAUGCGAUGUGCAGGUGCACAAGACCAAGCCGCUGCUCAGCAUCCGGCCGGACGCCACGCUGCAGGAUAUCGUGUACAAGCUGGUGCCGGGACUCUACAGAGAUGAGAUGCGGCGCCGGCGCGAGUUUUACGCGUCGCGGCCGGCCUCGGAGCUGCCCGGCGAGCGCGGCGAGGCGCGUGGCGAGGAGCGACGCGCCGUGUUCGCGCCCGACGAGCUGCUGGUGGUGCGGCUGCAGUACCAGUACUCGGGCGGACCACCCUGUCCCGGACAGGUCCGUUACCUGCGCUGUCCGGCUCAGGUGACGGUGGCCCACCUGCAACACAUGAUCGGCUGUAAGCACGAGCUGCCGGCCGGCCGGCGCGUCGAGCUGCUGGCCAGGGGCGAGGUGCUCACCAGCGACCUGAUGCUGCUCGACGUGGCCUACCUGCACAGCUGGCGACGGGUUGGUCCGCUGCAGCUCCAGUACCGGAUCGUGGCCGUUCCCGUCAAGCGCGCCCUGCCCGACGGACACUCGGAGCCGGCCAAGGUGGCGGCCUCAGCACCGGCGGCGGCCGAGCGCGUGUGUCGCGACCCGGCGCGGCUCACCAACGGCCAGGAGGCGCCGCCACCGGCCAUCAUUCCAGCGGCAGUGCCGGCGGCGAGCCGGGCGCCGGCCGCGCGGACGCAGCCGGCGUCUGACGCCAGCGAGACUCCCGUGUCGACCGUGGUGACGAGUGGUGCUGUGACGCCGGCGGUGACGACUGUCACGGCGCCGACGGAGGUGCCGCCGCCCGGGCCGCGCCCCAAACGGACCGAGAGUGGCGAGUGUAAGGAGGUGCAGCUGCAUAUCAGUGAGACCGGCGAGAUGACGUUCGGGAACGGGCCGGCGGCCGGCGGAGGCGGCGGCACGGUGGAUAUUCUCCAGCAGGCGUGCAGCAUCCUCGUCUCCCUGGAGGAGGGUGACGCCGAGCCGCCGCCGACUAAGACGAGCUCGGCGUCACCGGCCGGCGGCGAGCCGCCCCCGCUCACACUGCCCACAACGACCGCGCCUCCGCCGGCCGGCAAAGGGCCGAUCAGAGACAGCAACAAGAACGAGAUCGGCACAGAGCCGCGGCCACCUCGGCCGCCGGACGAUACGGGUCAGAAGAGGCCGAGCAAGGAGUCAACGCCGAGCCGGCCCAAGCCGAAGCUAGACGACAGGAAGAGGUCGUCGCCGGUGGGCUACAAGACGCUGAAGACGCCGCCCAAGUCGUGGAACCCGCAGCUGCCGCGCUCGUACGUGGGCACCGGCCAGAAGGCUUCCGAUCCGGGACGUACGGUGUCCCCGAUCGCGCCCAAGCCGCCGCGCUUCUUCAAGAUGCGCCACUCGAGCGGCACGUCGGGCGGCCCGCCGGCCGAGGCGGCGCGCGCGCCGCUGCUGAUGCGCGUGGAGCCGUCGGGCCUGCCGCCGGCCAUCUGGGGUGACCAGCUGCUGCCGGCCGGGCCGCUGUCUCUCUACCCGCACCUGUACGCCGCCCAGCCGCUGUCGUUCCUCCCGGGACCGACCGUGUCCAUGUUCGCGCCGCCGCCGGCACACUCAGGCGUGUCGCAGCUCACCUACACCAGUGCGCCCGGCUCGUUCCCGCUGCUGACGGCGCCCCGACCGCCCACGCACCGCCAUCUCACCGCGCCAGUGAAAAGUACAAGUGCCAACGGCGUGCAGAAGGUGGCGCUGUCGGCGGCGGCGGUCGGCAGCACGCCUCCGCCGACGGCCACGGUGUCGUCGAGCGGUGCGCCCGCCGCCUCCAUCUCGGCGUCCGCUGCGGAGCGGCCGCACAUCGCGUGCUCGGUGCCCAGCUCUCGGCCACGGCCCGGCGAGCGGCCACCGUCGGCCGCGCCCUCGUCCCUGGUCUCCGCCUCGGCGGCGGCCGCAGCGGGCCGGCUGCCGCUGUCGGCGUUCCUCCAGCAGAACACGGUGACGGCGCCGACAGCGCUGCUAGGCUCGCCCUACUCGGUGGGCGGCGGCAGCAGACCCAUCGCCAACGGGCAGGCGCCGCCGACCGCGCGGGAUAAGGCAGCGCCCCUGCCCCUGCCGCCCCCGCCGCCGUCCGCACUGCCGCCGCCGCCCGCGGGUGUGAUGAGGAGUGAUGCUUCAACCGGUGGGACCAGCGGAAGUGCUGUGAAGACUAGUGAUCGGCAACCUAAGCCGCCGCCGCCGCCGUCGCCGCGGCCAGCGCCGCCCCCGCCCGGCGCCGGUGGCGGUGGAGGGAAGGCAGCGCAGGUGUCAUCGGCCCCGGCGCGGUCCACGCCGCCCGCCGGCCUCCCCCUGAAAGCCGCCGGCGAGGCGCGGCCACCCCCGGCCUCGGCGGCAGCAGCGGCGCCUGCCAGACCAGAGAAGACGGCUGUGACUCAAAGCUGAGGCGCGUCAGCCGCUCGGGUGUCGGUGAGUGUUGUUAUCUUGUUGGUGAUUUUGUCCGCUGGUGAUCGUGAGUGCCUGACGCGGGGAGUGCGGCCGUCGCGCUGCCGCGGAACGGUAGAGUUCGGUAGGUUUUGUACGGCCGUCGCGCCCGUAGAGAAGUGAGUAGUGGAGUCGCCGCCGGCGGUCCGUAGAUGGCGGUAGAACGGGAGACCGGCCCGGGUCGGACGGGUGAAACCCAACCCAUCUGUGAACGAGAGUACCUGUAGACACUGGCGUCAAACAGUGGAAUAAUGGCUUACUGAAGUGCCCUUGUGAACCAAGUUUUUCACGCGCGUGCGUCCGGCGGCCGCCCCCAGCCGCCGAGGCGCCUUUCGCUGAUGCCGCCGCCGCCGCCCCCGCCCCGCACCGCCCUGCACGGCUUAGCCGCCCGCCGGGCGCCUGUUGGCUGAUUUGCGCACGCACCGCGCGCCCUCCCUUUGGCGGACUGCAGGGUAAGCUUGCUGAGAGAGAAAAAGUGCAAUGUUUUGUUAUCUAGUUGGUCGGACUAACGGUGUGUAGAUGGGGUUUUGUUAUGGGCUGUUUUAACGCCACUGUGGGGAGGUGUGUUGGCCGCGCCGCUCGCUCGUUCCGCCCUGUCCCCUCCGCUCUCGCUGGCUAUCUGUGCGCCGCGCGCGACCGACUGCAUACAUCCGUAGGUGAGCGUAGCCGGCGGGCCUGGCCCGAACUGCACCGGGCCUAGCCCGCUGCCGACCAGCUUUAUUCAUACGCGACAAAUACACUGGUCUUUUGCAGA